GAAGGUGCUAUAUAAAUAAAUCUUACUUACUUACUUAGCUGAAACAAAGCAGACACUCACCUUAGGUCUGGGGGCAGGGCAUAGAGUCUUUCCUGCUUCUCCAUGCCUGGAAUCGAAGUUAGUUUAUCAAUUAUGAGUAUUCUGAGUUCCUCAGGCUAAAACAUCUCUUCAAAACAUCUGCUAAGUGCAAAUCCAAAGACUAUAUAUGCUGGUUAACUGGUUAAGUAAAUUAUUCUUAUGAUCCACCUUUAAAUUACUAUGUGAACCAUUAAUCUCCCAAAAAAUUACUGAUUUCUAUUCUAAUGAUCCAAAAGCAGAAUGGAAUGAAGUGUCCUUUUUUUAUUCAUGGUUUUAAAUUAUUGGACAUGAAAUAUCAAUGUAACAGUUUGUUUAUUUAAACAUUUUUUUCUUAGUGUCACCCAAGCGGCUGUUUGAUUGAUCUGUGCCUACAAAUGGGAGUCAUCAUGUUCUUCAAACAAAUCUGGAACAACUUCAUGGAGCUUGGUUAUCCUUUGCUGCAGAACUGGUGGUCUCGUAGGAAGAUGAAGAAAGGAGGUGGUGGAGGGCAGAAUGUAGAGAAUAAAACCCAACUUCCUCAGUGGGAUAAAGACUGGAAUCUGCAGCCCAUGAACGCCCAUGGACUGGUGGAUGAAUACCUUGAAAUGGUUCUGCAGUUUGGCUUCACCACCAUCUUUGUAGCAGCAUUCCCGCUGGCUCCUCUCCUGGCUCUGCUUAACAACAUCAUUGAGAUUCGUCUUGACGCCUACAAGUUUGUAACUCAGUGGAGGAGACCCAUGCCUGCCCGAGCCACUGACAUAGGUAUCUGGCAUGGGAUUCUUGAAGGUAUCGGAGUGCUGGCAGUCAUCACGAAUGCCUUCGUGAUUGCUAUCACCUCAGACUACAUCCCCCGCUUUGUUUAUGCCUUUAAAUAUGGCCCAUGUGUGGACAAGGGGCACCACCACGAGGAUGAGUGUUUGCAAGGCUACAUGAACAGCAGCCUGUCUGUGUUUGAUAUGAGCGAGCUCAAGAACAGCAGCCAGCCCAGAUACUGCAGGUACAGAGACUAUAGAGCACCGCCCUGGAGCCCAGUGCCAUAUGAAUUCACCCUGCAAUUCUGGCAUGUCUUGGCUGCCAGGCUGGCCUUCAUCAUUGUCUUUGAGCACCUGGUGUUUGGGAUCAAGUCCUUCAUAGCAUAUCUCAUACCGGACAUGCCCAAGGAUCUGUGCGAUCGUAUGAGGAGGGAAAAGUACCUGAUGCAGGAGAUGAUGUAUGAAGCAGAACUGGAGCAUCUGCAGGAGAGAAAGAAAAACGGAGGGGGUUAUCACCACGAGUGGCCUUAGGUUUACCCCCACGUCUCCACCACAUGCUGCGCAGCCCUCACUCAACUCAUUUAUGCAUUUUAGCUUUGAGAAUCCAGCUUCACUCAGCUGAUUCUGUACACCAAAGACACCCUUUUCAGUGGCCAGAUCCCUCCCCAGACCUAUUUGGCCCGUGCUCCGCCCUGACCGCUCCCUCGCCAUCUGUCGCACAUCAAGUGUUGGCACUGCGCUUGGUUUCUCUCAUCACCAAGCUCCAUUCAGUAGGUCGCCCUUGGGCCUCUGCUGUGUCAUGGCUUCACUAGAAAAACCUGUGCAAUUGUAAAGUUUACUAUGCAGAUCAAGGGUUGCAAAUCACCACUGUUCACUUCUAGCACCCAUCCUGUUCUCUCUCUGUGUGGCAGCUACUCUGCUUUGACUCCGCAGUCUGGUGCAGCUCACAGCAUGGCCGUGUUUCUGUCCUGUGAGCCUCUACAGAACCAUUCUUCUGCCAGUUACGUGACACAGCUACUGUGGCACUUAGCGUUUUCUUGUUGCAAAAGUGCUUCUGGUGAUGUGGUUAUCAAAUAAAAUGGACAGUGUUUUUGCAAAGCAACUGUACAUUGCCCUUGAAGCAUGCUGGUUAAUAUUUGCGGCCAUUGUGUAAACUGCAAGGAAAAAACAAAAAUAAAAAUAACAGCACUUAUUGUGGAGGAAGUUAUCAUCCAUUCAGUAGAUUUGAUUAAGAAUUCUCUAUGAAAUCAUAAAGUGCAUGGUAAUAUUGUUUUUUUUUACCUUUUGAUAUACAAAGUUUCCAUCUUGAUGCCUGGUUCAGGUGUGUUUGUUCUCAGUGUGUCUGUGUUACUGCUGAGCUUGACUGUCUUGAGGUGAGGAAAUGGGAACUUUGCGAUUUGAUUGUGCCUACAGUUGUGUCACCAACGUCACAUGUGCUUGUUUGUGUUGCACGUCAAGGCAGUUUUUAUUUGUACAGUGCCAAUACCACAGAUUUGCCUCAAGGGGUUUUAGAUACUGUAUGUGCAUUUUUCAAGUUCAAGAAAUAUUCUCUCUCCUUGGUCUGUUGUCUGAUCUGCUGUAAACUCUCCUGCCUACCUGUUCUCGUCUCAGCUAAUGGCUCUGAAACAUGUCAGCGGUGUACUUACUGUACAUGUAAUGUGACUCCCAUCAAUAUAUACUCGCAUGCCAGAGCUGCAAUUCUCCUCUUCCGCUUUGCACUCGCAGCCUGUUCUUCAUUUGUUGUUGGAAGCCCUGAAGUGGGCUUGAAACUUGGAUCACUUCGACUUGUGGCUUGGAGGCUGAGCUUAAAAAGAACUACUAUCCACUGUUCCUCACUCACAAAGUACACUAACUUACUUCAGUUCUAGUUUUUUAUUAAGCACAUUGUUAGAGCCAAUCCCGGCUGGCAAUCGGGCAAAGGUGGGGUUUGCCCCACAUUAUUUACAAUAAAUUUGAAAGAAAAGAAUAUCACUGCCCUGAAUGCAUUGCACUGAGACACAUUAAUCUUUCUACAAGGCUAGACCAUUAUUUAGAUUUUAUUUAUUUAACUGCUCUUUUUAUGUUUUAUGAUGUAUGUAAUGUUUUUAUGAUACCAGCUACCAGUAUGAGUUCACCUGUUUUCACCCAAAGUAACGUCCACAUUUCUCAGGUGUCCUCUGAAUGUUUGCACAUAAUCAACUUUUGGUCAUUUUCUAAGCUGUAAUCAAAGGUAUCCUGCAUUUUUAGAAAUAUAUUUUUGCACUGCAGUGCAUGACAAUAAUACAAACACCAUUAAACGCAUGUUUGAUUUUCUUUUUUGUUUAUCAAAGUGCGUAA